CCGGAGCGGUCUGCAGCGCCCUCUGGUGGGCGCCAGCCGCGCGGCGCCCUGGAGGUAGAUCGGCGACCGCGGACACCUCGCCGCCCGCCUGCGGACGGUCAGGACCGGGCCUCGGGUGCCACCGCUGCGCUCCGGGUACACGCGGCGCCCCCGCCCGCGCGCCUCUGCUGGGCCCUGCCCAUCGCAGCUGUUUCCUCGAGGCUCCACCCGCGGCCCAAUUUCCAGGCGACCGUUUCCCGGCUACGGCGGUCGGGGCGGUCCCCGCCGCCACUGCCGGGGGGUGGAGGGGCGAAGCCCCGCCCCGAGUUCCAGUGCGCGAGCCGCUGCUGAGGCUCCACGCGGCCACAGCUCGCGGCCCCCGCGCAGAGGCAAGGGAAUGGCUCGCACGGUUUCCGAGGUCAGGGGCCUACCAGGUGGGCGACGCUCCUUCUCUGGGCCCCAGUUCUCGGGGUUUCAAAACCCGAGCCAGAAGAGGGCUUAAGAGCAAAUUUACCCAGCUCGAGAUCGCUGGCCCCGACUGGCCUGCCCCCGGUGUAGGGUCCGAACGAGGCGGGCAGGGUCGCCGCGAUGGACACACUGGCAGCACCCCAGGACCGCCUGGUGGAGCAGCUGCUGUCUCCGCGCACUCAGGCCCAGAGGCGGCUCAAGGACAUCGACAAGCAGUACGUUGGCUUCGCCACACUACCCAACCAGGUGCACCGCAAGUCAGUGAAGAAGGGCUUCGACUUCACCCUCAUGGUGGCAGGUGAGUCCGGCCUGGGGAAGUCUACCCUCGUUCAUAGCCUCUUUCUCACUGACCUGUAUAAGGACCGGAAGCUGCUGAGUGCUGAGGAACGCAUCAACCAGACCGUAGAGAUCCUGAAGCACACAGUGGACAUUGAGGAGAAGGGAGUCAAGCUGAAGCUCACCAUUGUGGACACACCGGGCUUCGGGGAUGCCGUGAACAACUCUGAGUGCUGGAAGCCCAUCACUGACUACGUGGACCAGCAGUUUGAGCAGUAUUUCCGUGACGAGAGUGGCCUCAACCGCAAGAACAUCCAAGACAACCGGGUGCACUGCUGCCUGUACUUCAUCUCUCCCUUUGGACACGGGUUGAGGCCAGUGGAUGUGGGUUUCAUGAAGGCUCUGCACGAGAAGGUAAACAUCGUCCCACUCAUCGCCAAAGCUGACUGCCUGGUCCCCAGUGAGAUCCGGAAGCUGAAGGACAGGAUACGGGAAGAGAUUGACAAGUUUGGGAUCCAUGUGUACCAGUUUCCAGAAUGCGACUCCGACGAAGACGAAGACUUCAAGCAGCAGGACCGGGAACUGAAGGAAAGUGCUCCCUUCGCUGUUAUCGGCAGCAACACUGUUGUGGAGGCCAAGGGGCAGCGGGUCCGGGGACGGCUAUAUCCUUGGGGGAUCGUCGAAGUGGAGAAUCAGGCGCACUGCGAUUUUGUGAAGCUUCGCAACAUGCUCAUCCGCACUCACAUGCACGACCUCAAGGACGUGACGUGUGACGUGCAUUACGAGAACUACCGCGCCCACUGCAUCCAGCAGAUGACCAGCAAACUCACACAGGACAGCCGCAUGGAGAGCCCCAUCCCUAUACUCCCCCUCCCCACCCCUGACGCGGAGACGGAGAAGCUCAUCAGGAUGAAGGAUGAAGAGCUAAGGCGCAUGCAAGAGAUGUUGCAGAAGAUGAAGCAGCAAAUGCAAGACCAGUGACACCCCGCCCCAGCCCCACAGUCGCCAAGGAUAGAUGGCCAGUUUCCGCGCUGGCCCCUCCUACCCCUGGAUCCCAGACGGCCUGGACCUAACCCUAAUCCAAAGUGGCUUUGACCAGACCGUUCAGGCCUGGAGCCACAGAGCCACCACCCCCAGAUGACCCUAAUUUAUUCUCAGCAUCCACCCCUCCCGGUCAUUUGUAUCUGCUUCCGAGUGGUCUGAUCCACAGCCCCUCCCCAACCUCCUGGCCCUAGCCCACCCCCGCACCGCCUGUCUAAAGGAAACAAGUUGUGCACAACCUCCAAGGUCUCCCCUCCUAGAAGAUCACUGACCCCAACGGCCAACAAGCCGGGGCAGGGGAGGGACAAGGAUGCAGGAUCUCGGGCCCAUUUCCCAAGCUGGUGCUGCGGGAGCCGAGUUGGGAGGCCCCCUCUGCCGGUUCCAGCCGGCUAAGAAGCAGAUGCUAAUGUCCUGUGUGCGGAAGUAGGCCGGAUCCUCCCUUACUCCCUAACCACGCUCUGUUCAGGACCAGAGCCCAUGGGGUUUGGAGGCUGAGGCCUUUAAGAAGACCCAGACCUAGAGGCUUCUGGGAGGAAGGUGUCCUGCAAGGCACCUCUUGUGCCCCUUCCUGGUCGACCUGAAGGACUCCAGGGCAGCAGGACGGGUUGUCCCCGGUGCCUAGACUACUUUCAUCCACCCAUAGGUCAAGGUCUCCUCUUCCUAGCGGCUCUGUUGCGCUGCGGUCCCAGCCCUUGGCCUCCUCCAUCUCGCCGCCCGCAUGAUCCCUCCCCACACAUGUUCCGUUUUGUUCGGUUGUGAAUGCCGCGUCCUGUCCUGGUGACAGGAGAACAAAGUUGGUGAACGUCGCAAA